AUGACUGAUGCUGCAGUGGUGUGUAGAGAGCUGGACUGUGGGGAGGCUGUAGCAGUAUUGCAUAAUGCUCAUUUUGGAGAGGGAUCAGGACCAAUCUGGAUGGAAAAUGUGGCCUGCACUGGGUCAGAGUCUACACUGAAGAACUGUACAUCAGCAGGAUGGGGCAAACAUAACUGUCUCCAUUCUGAAGAUGCUGGAGUCAUCUGCUCUGGUCAUGUGACCAGACUAGUUGACGGAUUUAACUUGUGUUCUGGGAGACUAGAGCUUCUACGUGGAAACAAAUGGGGCACAGUGUGUGAUGCUGCCUUUGACCAGCAGGAUGCAGAGGUUGUGUGUCGAGAGUUGGGCUGUGGGGCUCCUGGAGAAAUUCUGGGAGGAGCAGCUUUUGGCAGAGGGGAGGGCCAUGUGUUGUCAGAUGAGUUUGAGUGUGGAGGAAAUGAAUCUGAGAUUUUCCUUUGUCCAAAAUCACCUUCACAAAAGGAAAACUGCUCUCGCGAUAAUGAUGUGGGUCUUACAUGCACAGCUUACACAGAGUUCAAACUAGUUGGAGGCCUUGACUCCUGUGCUGGUCGAGUUGAGCUACAGUACCUGGAUGAGUGGGGCACAGUGUGUGAUGUAUCAUGGGACAUGAGAGCUGCCAGUGUCCUCUGUAGACAGCUGAAUUGUGGGAGUGCUCUGGGCAUCGUGGGAUCGGACCAUUUUGGAGAGGGGAGUGGCCACAUUUGGUCUGAUGUGUUUGAUUGCCAGGGGAAUGAGACCCACCUGUCAGAAUGUGUCAUCUCUUCAUGGAGUCGAGCUUCAUGUACUCAUGAACAGGAUGUUGGAGUCAUCUGCUCUGAUUCCUCAAAGUCUCUUCAGGAUGGCAUGCUGCGGACCAUUGGAGAGAGAGAAUGUGAGGGAGAAGUUGAGGUUUAUUACCAUCAGGCCUGGAGGAGAGUUCUGUUCAUCUCUUUUGGUUUCCCUGAAGCCUCUGUGGACUGCAGACAGUUGGGUUGUGGCUCUGUGGUAAAGUUCUGGACCUCCUCUCCAUCCAGCAUCAAAGGCACUGAACUGUGUAUAACAGAUUUUUCAUGCUCUGGGAAUGAAGCUCAUAUAUAUCAGUGCAGAAUCAUUGCUGGCAAAGUCUGCAGUCACAGUCAAUAUGCGUCAGUCAUCUGCUCUGGUGAGACACUCAUGUCCCUCAGGCUGGUGGGUUCUGGGAGUGACUGUGCAGGGAGACUGGAGAUUUUCCACAAAGACUCAUGGGGAACAGUGUGUGAUGAUUCCUGGGAUAUUGAGGAUGCCCAGGUUGUGUGCAGACAGCUCCAGUGUGGAGAGCCCCUGAGUGCCCCAGUUCCAGCCUGGUUUGGUCCUGGAACUGGACCCAUAUGGCUGGAUGAGGUGGAGUGCCUGGGGAACGAGACGUCCCUGUUGAGUUGUUCUUCAAAGAGAUGGGGACAACAUGACUGUGGACACAAUGAGGAUGUGGGAGUGGUGUGUUCAGAGUUCAAAGAGGUCAGACUUACUGAAGGCUGCUCAGGGAACCUGGAGGUAUUUUAUAAUGGGACCUGGGGUAAUGUCUGCAUGAACCAGAUGGACUCAGACACAGCCUCUUUAAUCUGCCAAGAGCUGAACUGUGGAAAGAGUGGCAGUGUUGACUGGGCCAGACCAAGAGUGGCUUCAGCUCCAAACUGGCUUGAUUCAAUGAAAUGCAGACCACAUGACGUCACUCUGUGGCAGUGUCCAUCUUCACCCUGGGGUCAGAAUGAAUGCACUGAUGUUGAAGUGGCUCAAAUUACCUGUUCAGACCGUCUACCCCUCAGACUGAUGGGAGGAGAGGGCCAGUGUUCUGGGAGGCUGGAGGUUUAUCAUAACGGUACCUGGGGCUCAGUCUGUGAUGAUCUGUGGGACAUGAGGGAUGCUCAGGUGGUGUGCAGAGUGGAGUGCAGAGGCAGUGAGAUCCAGCUGUGGGACUGCUCUCUCUCCCUGAAGAACCACACUGACUGUUCCAAAGAGAGACACGCCAAGGUCACCUGUACAGCAGUUGUUACCAGAUGGACCACGACCUCAAAGACUCCAGCUCCACGUCAUUCUGUUCCCUCAGCUGUGUUCCUGGUUCUAGGAACACUGUUCCUACUGCUGAUGGUGCUUCUGGUUGUGAUGUUUUACCAGAAUAGAGUGAUGAGGAGAGCCCUUACCAAGAGGAGACGCAUGACUGUGUCUGAAGUGGUCUAUGAGGAGAUUAAUGACAGAUUCAUCACUAAAAGAAGCAGUAACACUGUUCAGAGGGGGGGAAAUGAGGAUGAGGUUACACCAGAGGAUUAUGAUGAUGUCAAGUCUGUUGGAGAUGUUCAGCAAAAUGUUCAGAUGGAGGUUCUUCAUGAGGGACAGUGGGGCACGGUUUGUUCUUUUUCUUGGGGUAUGACUGAUGCUGCAGUGGUGUGUAGAGAGCUGGACUGUGGGGAGGCUGUAGCAGUAUUGCAUAAUGCUCAUUUUGGAGAGGGAUCAGGACCAAUCUGGAUGGAUAAUGUGGCCUGCAGUGGGUCAGAGUCUACACUGAAGAACUGUACAUCAGCAGGAUGGGGCAAACAUAACUGUCUUCAUUCUGAAGAUGCUGGAGUCAUCUGCUCAGGUCAUGUGACCAGACUAGUUGAUGGAUUUAACUUGUGUUCUGGGAGACUAGAGCUUCUACGUGGAAACAAAUGGGGCACAGUGUGUGAUGCUGCCUUUGACCAGCAGGAUGCAGAGGUUGUGUGUCGAGAGCUGGGCUGUGGGGCUCCUGGAGAAAUUCUGGGAGGGGCAGCUUUUGGCAGAGGGGAGGGCCAUGUGUUGUCAGAUGAGUUUCAGUGUGGAGGAAAUGAAUCUGAGAUUUUCCAUUGUCCAAAAUCACCUUCACAAAAACAAAAUUGCUCUCACCAUAAUGAUGUGGGACUUACUUGCAGGGCUUACACAGAGUUCAAACUAGUUGGAGGCCCUGACUCCUGUGCUGGUCGAGUUGAGCUGCGGUACCUGAGUGAGUGGGGCACAGUGUGUGAUGCAUCAUGGGACAUGAGAGCUGCCAGUGUCCUCUGUAGACAGCUGAAUUGUGGGAGUGCUCUGGGGGUCGUGGGGUUGGACCGCUCUGGACAGGGGAGUGGCCACAUUUGGUCUGAUGUUUUUGAUUGCCAGGGGAAUGAGACCCACCUGUCAGAAUGUGUCAUCUCUUCAUGGAGUCGAGCUUCAUGUUCUCAUGAACAGGAUGUUGGAGUCAUCUGUUCUGAUUCCUCAAAGUCUCUUCAGGAUGGAAUGCUGCGGUUGAUUGGAGAGAGAGAAUGUGAAGGACAGGUUGAGGUUUAUUUCCGUCAGGUUUGGAGGAGAGUUCUGAUGGACUCUUUUGGUUUCUCUGAAGCCUCUGUGGUCUGCAGACAGUUGGGUUGUGGCUCUGCUGUAAAGUUCUGGACCUCCUCUCCAUCCAGCAUCAAAGGCACUGAAGUGUGUAUAACAGAUGCUGGGUGCACUGGGAAUGAAGCUCAUGUAUUUCAAUGUAGAGGCAAUCCUGGUGCAGACUGUAGUCAUUGUCAAUAUCUGUCAGUCAUCUGCUCUGGUGAGACACUCAUGUCCCUCAGGCUGGUGGGUUCUGGGAGUGACUGUGCAGGGAGACUGGAGAUUUUACACAAAGACUCAUGGGGAACAGUGUGUGAUGAUUCCUGGGAUAUUAAGGAUGCCCAGGUUGUGUGCAGGCAGCUCCAGUGUGGAGAGGCCCUCAGUGCCCCAGUUCCAGCCUGGUUUGGUCCUGGAACUGGACCCAUAUGGCUGGAUGAGGUGGAGUGCCUGGGGAAUGAGACAUCCCUGUUGAGUUGUUCUUCAAAGAGAUGGGGACAACAUGACUGUGGACACAGUGAGGACGUGGGAGUGGUGUGUUCAGAGUUUAAAGAGGUCAGACUUACUGAAGGCUGCUCAGGGAACCUGGAGGUAUUUUAUAAUGGGACCUGGGGUAAUGUCUGCAUGAACCAGAUGGAUUCAGACACAGCCUCUUUAAUCUGCCAAGAGCUGAACUGUGGAAAGAGUGGCAGUGUUGACUGGGCCAGACCAAGAGUGGCUUCAGCUCCAAACUGGCUUGAUUUAGUGAAAUGCAGACCACAUGACGUCACUCUGUGGCAAUGUCCAUCUUCACCCUGGGGUCAGAAUGAAUGCACUGAUGUGGAAGUGGCUCAAAUUACCUGUUCAGAAGAAAAAAGUUUGAAUGCACGAAGUCAUUUGACAUGUUCAGCAUCUACAGCCCAGAGGCCAUGUUCAGACCGUCUACCCCUCAGACUGAUGGGGGGAGAGGGCCAGUGCUCUGGGAGGCUGGAGGUUUAUCAUAACGGUACCUGGGGCUCAGUCUGUGAUGAUCUGUGGGACAUGAGGGAUGCUCAGGUGGUGUGCAGGCAGCUGGGCUGUGGUCAGGCACUGAGGGCUGAUGGGAGUGUUGUCUCUGGUCAUGGAGAGGACACUGUGUGGCUGAGUAGAGUGGAGUGCAGAGGCAGUGAGAUCCAGCUGUGGGACUGCUCUCUCUCCCUGAAGAACCACACUGACUGUUCCAAAGAGAGACACGCCGAGGUCACCUGUACAGAUCAGUCCUCUCUACCUGAAGCCACCACAGUUGUCACCAGACGGACCACGACCUCAAAGACUCAAUCUCCAGCUCCACGUCAUUCUGUUCCCUCAGCGAUAUUCCUGGUUCUAGGAACGCUGCUCCUACUGCUGGUGGUGCUUCUGGUUGUGAUGUUUUAUCAGAACAGAGCAAUGAGGAGAGCCCUUUCCAAGAGGAAACACAUGACUGUGUCUGAAGUGGUCUAUGAGGAGAUUAAUGACAGAUUCAUCACUAAAAGAACCAGUAACACUGUUCAGAGGGGGGGAAAUGAGGAGGAGGUUACACCAGAGGAUUAUGAUGAUGUCAGGUCUGUUGGAGAUGUUCAGCAAAAUGUUCAGAAGAUGGAAUAUGAAAAUGUGGUGGAAGAAACUCUCAAAGGUGAGAGAAAACUCUCUGAAGAUUACAUCAACACAACCGAAGCGACCAAGUAA